AUGGCUGCUCACGAGAGACUCAGCAUGACAUCAAUUGUUUCUCCUACAUUAAGUCAACAACUCUCCACCGUGCUUCCCAAAGACUCGCAAUUCAAAAUCUACCACCUCUCAACGCCUCCAACCCAAACCUCUUCCCUCUACUCUGCACCUCCAGGGACUCGUCCUGAUCGAACAUACUGCGAGAGUCACUUCCUCACCGUUUCCAUCCGUGUACCGGCGAAGGAUGAUAAUGCGGAACCCCAUGAUGUGCUGGUCUAUGCGGUCGAAAUCUUGAUAUACUCGACAGCUUACGACUCGACAUUCUUUGUUUCAAAGGCGGACUCGACGGGGUACCUGCAUCUUCUGGGGCUGGAAAAGGGUACGCCCUCACCCAUAAGGGAUAUUACUGCGACCUUCUUGCGCCAUCUCGUUGAGCAGCACCAGAGAGCCAAUAUCCGCAGUGUGGUGUCCCUGUUCGCGCGAGCUCAAGGUCAAUAUCUAUUCCCAGGAAGCGUCGAAUACAGUGGCAAACAUGUGUUGGAUGACCGAGGACUGGUUCGCUGGUGGUGUCGUGUUUUAGAUCCACUCAUUGAGGGGACGAGGAAGGAAUCGAAGGACUGGGAAUCGGUGAAGGGGUACUUGACAGUUCCUGGGCUUGAAACGCAAGAAGCAAUCUCUUACAUACCGAAUCGGAAUAUUUCAAAAGCAUGGACGAUUGGACACCCGCUUCGGGAGAUAUCACGACAUCUCGAUGCACCCCCGAGAUGCCUCAUACCACACUACCCAGAUGAUCCCAAGGCGCGGUUUCUCGAUGAGCUAGAUGAAGAGAUACCUAGAAGUCAGGAAAUGAGCGGCCAAUGGAAGAGUGUCAGAUCUAUUGACGAAUUCUGGGAUAUGAUGGCUUUCCGACAAGAAUGCUCUGCCGGUCGGAUGGUAGGCUUCAUUUGGAUAGUUCUUGAACCGAAGAUUCAGCACCGUACGACUGGAUCUGUCAUUGCUGACAGUCAGAGUACUUCCAUGAACCAUGACAGCCAGACCGGUGCAGAAGCGAACUUCAGCUCGCCCCAUCGCCGGGAAAUUCUCAUCACGCCGAGUUCAUCUCUCAAUGCAUCUAGCCAAGUCCUGCCACCAAGCUCGCCCGUCAAAACGGAAACAGAGUACCCUGACUCUCAGACACCAAUGUUAUCGAGAUCACGCACCCCGAAAGAGAAGAAGAAGAAACUCUCUGGCCCUAUCGUUUCCCGGCAACCUCGAGUGAAGACGGAAAAAAAGAAUUAUCUCCUCGAGAGACCCGAGAGCUCAGCCUACUAUAUUUGGCGGCCUGAAGGUAGAGGUCAGAUUAUUGUCGAAGAGGCGUCUUACAAGCGAAUCACUGAGUUGUUACUCCGCCUGGACUUCGCCACUCUUGAGCUUGCAACGUCAAGUUCAAGCCGAUGGAUCAAUGAGGUGCGUUCAGGUGGAUGGGGAAACACCGGCGAUGCUUGGGGUCAGUCAGUCACUGGGAUGAGGGCCUUCAAAGCUCACUCUGCAGCCGGAGCCCCUGGUGUAGCUACGUUGAAUAUCGGCUUGAUGCGAAAGAAACGGAAAGAGCCCCCCGAGAAAUCCCCAACCGUCCCGGCUGCUCUUCAAGCGACUCCAGAAGUCAAUGUUCUUGAUGCUGGCCUAGUUCGGAAAAAGGGAAAGGUGUGA